AUGGUUCAACUUGUCUCACAAUUUCAAAUGCCUCAACUGAUUCUGUUAAAAUAACCGGUGCUGAUGGAACUAUAAUUUAUAACAUUUGCUAGUCUUACAACAUGGGAUGCAGCGUAAUCAGAACAAGGAGUGCUUGUGUCUUACAAUAAGCUCAAAGUUAUGGAUACGAUCUUCUGGCUAGUUGUUAUAAAUCUGCGGCUGGCUUAUGCAUCGCAGGUACAAAUACUGAUACUACCUCUGUUGCUGCUUCAUCUGCUACAAAUUAUGGCGCAGUAUAUAUAGGAUGUGGAAAUUACAAAAAUGCAAAAAGUAAUGAAAGCUGGAUUUACAAUUAAUGGAAAACUGGAUGUGUAGCAAUAACUUAUAUAGGGCAUUUAGAUGUGCAGAUUAAACCUCAUCUGCUUGCCUUUACUCUGUUGA